AUUUUUUCCAUUGCGCGUCGCACCGCUGCAUCCCACCUUACCCACUGCCAUCUCGUCACUUACCGUGCUUAGCUCGUUCGCGUGCGACCUUGCACACGCUGCCAUCCCCGCCGCCCCCAACGUCUCAGCAGCAUCUACCUUUGCGGUUCGCCAACCACCGACCCACCCGACCAAUCUGCUGGCAGUCAGGAGUACCCAAGCACCCACAGAACCAACCAGCCCACAAGCAAACCUACGCAACGUGCCAACCCACGCAACCAACCAACCAACCCAUCUUGAGCCGUGUGCCAUCGUCGGGAGACCUUUGGCCCCAAGAAUCAAAUCUCAACACACACGCAACAAGCGCCCGCCCACGUUCUGCUUCGUCCUUUCUGCACGAUUGUAACCUACCCCUUCUCCCCACUUCCCCCGAAACCAAUUGCCGCAAGAUCUCAUCAUCCAACCGCAGCAACUAAGAGCUACACGCGCCCACCGCCACAGACACCACCACCAACGCCAAACGCCGGCUUCUUGCGUCCUCACGCGCACUCUCCCAUCAUCACUUGCGUCGCGUCGUUUCUGCGAAACUGCAUCCAUCCAGUUUCUGGCGUGCAACAACUACUGCACCUUACACACACACUCGCGGCUUCCCCUGCUCCCGUGUUGCGUCCUCCACAGCAACGCAAGCUCCCUGCAACCCAAGUGUUUAACACACGCGCACCAAACCCUACACACGCGAAGCAACACAUCAUCAGCCUUCAUUUAUUGCUCCCACCCUUCCCACCAUCAUCAUCGACCGCAACAGCAACGGCAACAGCAACAGCACAUCUCCUCCGCCCACUUCGUUUGCGCUGCGCUUUCAAACCAAACACCAGCCGAUAUCCCUCUCGUCUUCCCUUGAAGUAUCUGUUCUUCUUUCACCGCUACGUGUUUCGUUUGAACCACCCGCUUCCCGUUGACUUUCUCUUUGAGCGUGUUUGAAUCACCGCACCCGCGCGACUUGCUUCAUCUUGGUGGCUGUAGCUGUUGUGCCUUCCUCCCCCCUGGCGUUGUGCUAACCCGUUUCAUCUCUUUAUCAACGGCACAACAUCACAUCACCACACCACAACACACCACAACACCACAACACAACACAACACAACAAGCCACCAACGACAACCUCCUUCCUUCCAGUCCCCUUCUUCUUGCCUUCUCUUCCUGCCCCAAUCGACUGCCUCGUUCUUCCAACGAGACUUGCCGUUGCGUUCGCUGGCUUGUGUUGCUUUGACACCGCCUUUGAUUACGGUUCUCCAUCAUCACAUCACAGCACCAACGUUCUGCCGCACGCCCAUUCCCCCCUCCCUUGACCCUUCUCUGAUUCUUCUUCUCUGAUUCUGAUUGCGGAGUGCCUCUCCUCGUUGCUUCGGCCCUCUUUCAUCCAUCCAGCUCUCUCGCUCCCUCCCUUUCAUCUCUGCUCUCCCCGUUCUUCUUUCUUUCUUUCUUUCUUUCUUUCUCUCCCUCCCUCCACCUUCAUUUCUCCGCCAUCCCGUCUCCCCACCCAAACACCUCCGCUUCCAUCACCGCAUGAGCCGCGCCCGCACACCGCCGCCGCCGCCAGCAGCACCACAGGCCACCAUGGACGCCCUCUCAUACGCAGGCAACACGCAUGACGCCCAGCACCACCCGCAUCACGGCAUCGGCCCCAUUGCAUGCCCGCCGAGCCAGCUGCCGCACCUCCACCACCAUGCACAGCAGCCCAUCGCCACCAGCACAAUGAUGGACCAGGCAAACGACGCGUUGCACGCGUACGCCAACCACAGCCACUUCAACAACACCAGCGGUGCCGUGAACGAUGAGGUGGCACACGACAUGCUUGCACACGGCAUGCCAGGCUCCACCUCCGCCAACGCCGUGCUCUACCACGGCCAAUCACGCCACCGCUUCAGCCAGAGCAUGCUGCCUGAUAUCCCCGAGGACAUGCCUCUUGAUGAUGAGCUGGUAUCACCCCGCCCUCAACAGCAACAGCAGCACCAGCAGCGGCCAUUCACCGUCGCAGGCCACCGCACGCGGCACAUGCAGUACGCAAGCAACAGCACCGGCUUUGCGCAUGCUUCCAUGCAUGCAAGCAACAUGAUGGACACCGAUCACCAACACGGGCCCAGCAUGCAUCAGCGCCAGCUCCCGCGCCACCACAGCGACACAAUGCUUGCGCACGGCUACGAUCAGCAGCGCCAGGAGCAGCUCAUGCUGCAGCACCACCUGCACAUGGCACAACACGACCAGCAGCAGCAGCAGCCUGAUUUUCACAGCGCACAAAUGCUUGCAUGCAAGCAGCAGCAGCAGCAGCAGCAACAGGCCCACGGCAGCAUGUUCACGCGUCUCGACAGCGGGCUCGAUUCCCACCACGAGGACCAAGGCUUCAUGCCAACGCCAAACUUCAACACUACCACCACCACCACCACCACCACCAACAACAACAACAACAACAACAACAUGCAGCACAUGGAGCCACACCCGUCGUUUCCAAGCCCGUUUUCAACUCGCUCCUCUGGCGAGUUGGAGGACAACAACAGCAGCAGCAACAACAACACCGCUGCGGACGAUAUGGGCACAGAGGCGCCACCACGAACCCCGCACCAUCUCCAGCCGUGCCCUCGUGACCAGCCAGACGGCGCAGAGUACAUCAACCCAGACACGCUGGCGCACCUGCUUGCCUUCCAGCCGGAGCACGUGCUGCUGCUGGACUGUCGCGCCACGCUCGACUUCAACCUCUCGCACAUCCGCGGCGCCACUCCCGUGUGGUUCUCGCGGCUCAUGCUGAAGCGCCUCAAGCGCAAGGCAGGCACCAUCACCAUCACAGACCUUCCAGAUGCACAGACGGAAGCGCUGUCGAAGCGCCACGACGCAAACGUGCUCACGGUCAUCUACGACGAAGACUGCUCGUACUCCAUGGGAGAUGACAACGCCGUGAGCAUGCUGCACAACAUGCUGCGGGCAGAGGGGCUGCAGCCCAUGCUGCUGCGUGGCGGCUUCAAGGCCUUCCGUCGCCUGGUGGACGGUGACUUGGUUGUCUCGCAGCACGAGGAGGACACGCACCCGCGCGCACCGCGCCUGCAACGCGUGCUCCAGCCGCAUGACCUCUCCAUCAACGACUCUGUGCUGCGCAUCCCCGCCUCCAAGAUCUUCAGCUACCUCUUGGUCGGCAACGCACGCCAGGGCCACAGCAGCGAGUUUAUGGCCGAGCACAACAUCACGCAUGUGCUCAACGUGAGCGAGGAGCCGUGCGCGAGCAACGUGUUCCUGAUGGUGCAGUGCAUGCAAGUGCCAUUGAUGGACGGGCCUGGCCACGACCUGCUGUCCAUCCUGCCACAGGUCAUUCAGUUCAUUGAGUCUGCCCGGUGCAGUGGCGGCCGCGUCCUGAUCUACUGCAGCAACGGCCUCUCCCGCUCCAUCGCCAUCCUCCUUGCGUACAUGAUCUCCACUCGCAAGUACUCGCUCACCUCGGCCUACCGCACGGUGCAGACGCUGCGCCCGCUCGCCGCCCCGCACGUGUGCUUCCUCACGCAGCUUGUUGAGUACGAAGGGAUUGUGCGCCAGGCGUCACAGCACUGCAAGCGCCGCACACGCUCAGCCGAUGUCUGAUGCACGUGCCAAACGGAGAUAGAGAGAGUGUGUGCGAGUGCGUGUGCGAGUGCGUGUGCGUGUGCGUGUGCAUGUGCAUGUGUGUUCAUCGUUCAUUUGUUCAUCGUUCGCUCGUUCCUUCCACGAACACGCAUGCCCACUGCCGUAUGCUGGCCAUUCUUACUUGCUCCUUGCGCCCCUCAGCCACCACAUCUCGCUCUCGCGCGCGUGUUUGCAUCCGUGCAUGCGUCUGUGUUAGUGUGGUUUUGCCUGAGGUGGCUUGCAGACCUGUAUUGUUUGGUCGUGCGCUUUGGUACUAAGAUCUCUCUUUGUUAUUGUCAACCCCCCCCCGCCCGCUGGCUUCCUGCUGCUGAUGUUUUCGCUUAAUUGUCUCUCCCCCUAGCUGGUGUUGCCAGCACCGUAACAAGCACCAAAGGCUUCCAAAGCAUUGCAUGCAUGGUUGCUUUCGCUUUUAGCUUUGAUGACGAGCGUUUGCUGCGUCUAACUGAUCAACCAAUCAACCAAUCAACCAAUCAACACCAAAGCCAUAAACGCGCUUAACUCGAAA